CGCUAUAAUUCGUUUUUAAUGGCUCCAUUGAAAGAACAUAAUUCCUCGUAAUGUCCCAUAUCCUCGACUCGAGUUUGAAUGAUGAGUCUGCAGUAUGCAGCAGUUGGUCAAUUUGUUAUAAUGUCAAGGCGUUUACGUUAACGAAUGUUCCAGUGUUUAUAAAUGAAUUUAAGAGACCGGUGGCUGAAACUUGAGGUGACGGCGCAUGAAAUAUUCAUUUGUGGUCAUUAACGGUUACCCCAGCGACGCCCAAAGCGAAGGCUAUAUUUUGACCACGGUUCAGUUCAUGGCAAGACGUGGUGUGGCGUAGUCAUUGAGGUUCAGACGCUUCAUAAAAUGACGACGUUGCACAUACCACAGAAACUAAAAGUACUUAAAUAAUACAAUGUGCACCGAUUAAAGAGAGUAUACUGAAGUAGAGGGUGGUGUUUAGCGUGCACAAAAGUGUUUGAAAGUUUGAAAUAGUAUAUAGCGGUGUUCGUAAAAGUUUGGUGGCAAAAUGACGCAAAGUAUAUACGGAAAAUCUGUUAGCGAAGAAAAGUUAAUGGUCGCCGUGCGCGUGCGCCCGCUGCGAGCCGAUGAGGGCGCCCGCGUGGUUCACGUCGUCAGCGAUAAGAUGCUGGUACUGGAGGAAGAAUCGGACACUCGUAGAGACGUGCUACGGCAGCGGCGACUCAUCGACAAACACUACGUCUACGAUAGAGUCUUCAAUGAGGAGAGCACACAGGACGAAGUAUACGAAGUGGUGUGUGCGCCCCUAGUUGGGGACACUCUGAACGGCAUAGCCGGGGCGGUGUUCGCGUACGGGGCGACGGGCGCCGGAAAGACGCAUACUAUGACCGGCCUCAUGUCACGAGCGCUGAACCAUCUCUUCUCGUCCAUCGCUGAGAGUGACAGCCCUGAUUUGUAUGAAGUUAAGAUGUCAUACAUCGAGAUCUACAACGAGAACAUUCGAGAUCUGCUCAACCCGAGCGCUGGGCCGCUAGAACUACGGGACGAGGGGGGGAGCGGCGCGCCCACAGUCGCCGGCCUUAGCGAGAUCAAGGCUACGGACGCGGCGCAUGUUGCGGAACUGCUAGCGAGGGGAGACCGUGCCAGGACAGCCGAGGCCACACAUGCGAACCAGCACUCUUCUAGGGGACAUGCGCUUCUAAGCGUGUCGGUGAGCCGGCAGGUGUCAGCGGGCCUGCAGCGCGGGCGGCUGUUCCUCAUCGACCUGGCGGGGUCGGAGCGCGCCGGCCUGCGAGCGCGCCGCCUCGAGGGUGCGCACAUUAACCGCUCGCUGCUGGCGCUUGGCAACUGCAUCAUGGCGCUGUCGGGGGGCGCCAGGUACGUGAACUACCGCGACUCUAAGCUGACCCGGCUGCUGCGGGAGGUGCUGGGCGGUCGGUGCCGCACCGCGAUGGUGGCGCACGUGUCGCCGGCCGCCACGCACCGCGACACCACGCGCUCCACGCUACAUUACGCGCAGCGCGCCGCUACCAUCACCAACAAGGUCGAGCGCGAGUUGGUAGAAACCCCGAUGCAUUUAUCGCAAUAUCGGACAGUCAUUAAUGAGUUGCGAGAAGAAAUAUCUCGAUUGAAGAGCAAAAUGAGAGACGAUUGGACGAGACCAAAGGAAGAAGAAAAGAAAACAGAAGAGAAUAGAACAGAAGUUGCAACUGAUUCUAACGAGAAUCCUGACAAUUUGAAAGCUCUGCGAGAGGCGAUAGUGGCGACUUUUAAGCAGCAGAUGCGUCUGAGAAGACGUUUAAUGGAGUUAGACAGUCACUUACUGGGUUUGGCGUUGGACGCGGAAAGGCAGCACGCGGCGAUAUCGCAUUGGGAGGCGAGGUUCAACAGACUGUACAAGCCCAUCAGCCUCACUGGGUCCAGGAUGAGCACGCAGCAGAGUUAUAGGGGUGGCACGGGCAGCGUCGCCAGUGGGAAUAGCGGAGGCGGGGCGAGCGGCGCGGGGCGCGAGCGGGCGGAGGCGGAGGUGGCGGUGGAGCAGGCGUGGGCGGAGCUCGCAGCCGUGGAGCGCGAGCAGGAGGCGGCGCGCGCGCAGCGGGCGGCAGUCGAGCGGCAGCUGGAGCAGGUGCGGUUGAGGGGCGCGCAGCUCGAGCAGGAGUUGCCAGUGCACAUAAACGGCGCGGAGCGCGAGGUGCUGUCGUUGGUGUGUCGCGUGCACGAGUUGGAGGCGGACAAGCUGGCGCUGCAGGGCGAGCGGGCAGCGCGCGCGCACGAGCUGCGGCGUCGCGACCUCGCGCUGCAGCGACGUGAUGCGCAGCGCCGGCUGACUGAUGAGAUAAUUACACGACAGCGGCGGACGCUUGAGGAAGUGGGUAUAAACGUGCAGCCGGAGCUGGCGCAGCUGUACGAACUGUACCAGCAGGAGAUCCACGCCUCCACCUACACCGAGAACAACGACUUCCUGCAAUACCGCCUGCCGCCCAUAUCCUCCAGCAUGUCAGAGCUGACGUGGUCGGAGAGCUCCAGUGGGUCGGGGCGCGGCUCGAGCUCGGGCUCCGGCGGCGGGGGCGUCGGGGGAGGGGGAGGAGGGCUCGACCACCUCCCUCGCCUCGCGCCCACGCCGCGACCGCGUACGCGAUAUAGCCACGCCAGUGCCACGACACUAAAGCGGUACUCCAGUGACGACAGUCUGGUGAUUACAGCGCCGCGUUCCAGCGACAGACUCGCGUCUUGAAUAUCGUCAUAUCGCAUAUUGUGUCUGAGUCCAUAUCUGUUGAAGGUCCUUCGAAGCCUUGUUGUAAAGGAGUUGUUCUUGUGAGUACAGGCAGACGGCAGGACGCCGACAAGUAAAAUACCCUGAUCGAUGAUUUGGUAAUCUUGAAAAUGUGUGUUUCGAAAUAAAACCCAGUGUCAGUGCUCGUGACGUCAUAUUUCCGUACUAGUAAAACAAGUGUGAUGUAUCAGUAGUAUAAGGGUCAAUUCAGACCGCAACGCGAUGCGUAGAUGCAUUUCUAAAUUUGUACUGAUUUGAAAGAUCUCAAUUGGGUGAGACGUCUUACAAAUCUGUCAAAUCCAUACAAAUUUAGAAAUGCAUCUACGCGUCGCGUUGCGGUCUAAUUUAACCUUCAAUUGUAAUAUUUGUAUUAAUGACAUCCCAAUAAAGUUUUGUUAAUGUACAGGCCAGUUAUAAUAUAUGUCGGAACGAAUCAGCAGCGUCGAUUUAUGACGACAGUACCUAUUCUAGGUUGUAUUUAGAAUACACACCUAUAAAAUAAGAUUGAAAUGCUGUUACAAUUCGGCCUUAUGGA